CCUUAUUAAAGAGCUAAAUAAUAACUGCAAUAUAUUUGGACUCCAGAUAAUUGACUAUUGAAAUUUGUAUGGCGUUUAUAAUUAUUUACCGUUACCGUUUUAAGAGUGAAAGAUGUCAUCCUUUUCCUCAGUGUGUAAAACCAUCCAUGCAUCACCUUCACCCUCAUUCAGAGAACACACCUGUGACUCUGUUGGUGUGAUAUUUAGCCAAGGCGGAUGUUUGACACAAGAUCAGGGGCAGAUGUUGGGAAGUGAACUUGGCCUGAUGGAGAUGUCAGAGGUUGAGUAUACACACCUUCAGUACCUUAUCCAGGCACACAUGGAGGCACAAGCUGCGCCUCCAGAUGGGCCAGAUGCCAGAUCUUACCCUGCUACAGUGAUGGGUAAAGACACCACUGGAUCAAUAGAGAUUUCUCCAAUCUCAUCCACUCAAGCAAUUGACCUAUCAACUUCAACUGAUGAACACGGCCUGGUGAUGCCAGGAGAAAAGACACCAGCUUCUUAUGGAGAGGUCCCAAGUUUUGUGCUGGCAAGGGUCAGAGGUGAAGACAGUCCCACUGAACCACGUACCAACAGCAGCACAUCCUUACAGAUGAGAUCCAAAUCAGCUGCUAGAGUUUGCUUGGAGAAAAGGUUCAACACCAUGUCUGCUGACACCCCAAGACAGCAAGAUAUUCAGUCUGCAGUUCUUACCAAUUUAUUGACAAUACUCCAGCAGUCUGCAGAGGCUCAAGAGGCAGUCAUACAUCCUCAAAUUCAGAAGUGGAUGAAAACUGAGAGAGCAAAUCCUUUUGAGGUUUCCAGCCCAUUUGUAGGGGGUGCAUUUAACCCAGUCACCAACAUGUGUGAACAAGUGAUUAGCCAUAUUCCUCAUAUGGUUGAACCUAACAAGCAUCAAGGUUUAAUCAUCCCCAAGAGUUUUUCAUUUAAAUUUCACCCAGAGAUGGUUGUUACAAAAGCUCACUAUACAAGUGGCAGCAACUCAACAGAGGAGCAGCAGUUGGUGAACAUAGCAAAUGAUGUGGCAACAUCUGCUGCUGCCUCCAGGAAGCACGGUAGCACCUGCACCUUUCAACCCAUCAAGGCUCAUAAGGUGAUCCCAGACUCUGCUGGCGAAUCAGGGAGCAGCACCAGGAAAAGACCUCAACCUCAUGUGCUACUUAGUCAGCGCAGGGAGAGACACAACAGUAAGGAGAGGGAACGCAGAAAGAGGAUUCGUUCGUGCUGUGAUGAGCUGAACAUGCUGGUGCCGUUCUGUGAGUCAGGUACAGACAAAGUCACCACCCUGCAGUGGACCACUGCCUUCCUCAGAUACAUCAAUAAAAUGUACGGCGACACCUUCAAAGAGGAGUUUCAGAAGGCAUUCACCAACGGGAAAGGACUCUUUCUUAAAUCCACCGCUUCUUCAGACCAGGACCCAAUCUACCAGGAGAUGGACGAGACACUGAGCAUUCCUCACGCGGUAGAACAGUGACCCCACUCACUAUUUUAUCUAUUGAAUCAGCCAGAUAUUUGAGUACAUUUUAAUUUAACCUCUGAAGUAGGUUCAGUUGUCCCAUCGGCUCUGGUUAUAGGUUGGGUCAAUGUGUUUUUGAAUGACAACAAUGUUUUUAGUCUCAGACCAUGUGAUGCUCUCACUGGCUUUCUUUAGUUGACCACACUGUAUCAAACUAGUGUUUGAAUUGCCACGCUAUUUCGUCUGAUAUAUUUAUUACCCCUUAGGAGGCUACAUUUCCUCAAGAGGCAACAUUUGUUAAAAAAGGGCUUUUCAUAGAGUCAUACACAGGUGGCACUGUUUCUCUUUGAAAGACAGAUGAUGGUGCUCUAAUGAUUAAUUUUCAGCUCUUCAGUUAUAGAUCUAGCAAAUUUUACCCUUUAUCUGCUUAAUUCAAAUUUAGUUUACUUGAAUUUCUAAUGAAUGUUUUUUUAAAUGACUUUGUUUGAUAUUUGUUCAGACAGUACAGUGUUCAGUUUUUGUCCACAUACAUUUAUUCUUUAAUCACAUAUUUAAGUGUUUUGCAUGGAAGUAAGUGUUACUACUUUGUAAAUUAAUGGAAUUACUUGACUUUCAUAGUGUUAUGCAUUACUCUGAAGUACAGACUGUUCAUUUGAUAUGUAGAGAAGAGUAAUGUUUUACUGAAAAGUGGCUUUAUUUGUUCUUUCUUACAACAUGUCGCUGUAGCAUCUUACUGUACAUACAACAGUUACCCACAAAUAAUAAAUAGUAUUUAAGGUCAUGUAUAUUUAAUAGUUACAGCACCGGUAGUACAUAGUGGAUGUGAUCAUUUUAGAUGUAAACAAAAAAAGAAGGAAAAAAAUACUUUGCUCCUAAGAUUCUUAAAUUGAUUUUACAAUGACUGAUUUAUGCAUCCACAAGUUUUAUUUUGUUUUUGAUUCUCAAAUCUAGAGAAUCAACUUCACAUGUAGUUUAAAAAAAAACAGUAAAAAAAAAAAGACUAUCAAAAAGUGAAUUUUUGUUUUUGCAUUAAUCUACACAAUUUCUGGACAUCUGGGUAUUUGUGUUUUUUAUUCCUUUUACAAUACAUACACAGCUCCUUGACAGAGGCUUUUUGCCCAUGCCACCUAUUUCCAUAUUUUACACUGUAAGCUUGUAUGUUGAGGUAACACCUGUGAUUUACAUUAAUGGGCCAUGAUACAUGCACAUUCACUUCAGGGACAGUCACUGUUGUUUUUAGAGUGUCAUCUGCCAGAAGGAUGGUAACCAAGGUAAUGGGGGCAUGGAAACAACAUGUACAAAGUUUUUAUACACAAAGGACUCAUCAUUCAUUUUCCAGUUGUUUGUAAGUCAAGUCUUUUUAUGUGAUACUGUAGUAUUUGGAGCAAUGCAGUUGUUCUCUCGGACUCUUCCGUGGCUUUCUCCACUGUAUUUCUGGAUGUCAUCUCAAUGUUUUUGUCUCUCAGUUGCUCUGGGAUUCAUGUCAAUCCUGGGAUGUUCCUCUAUUCCUCUCAAAAUAUCACACCUGUUGAUGUUACUCUUCCCAUCUUGUGAUACAAGUAUAUAAAUAAAGAGUACAUUUUUGUGAUAA